AUGACCGUGACAUACACCAACCGCGUGGCUGACGCCCGCCUGGGCACCUUCUCACAGCUCCUGCUCCAAUGGAAAGGAAGUAUCUACAAACUUCUCUACUCCGAGUUCCUUAUUUUCAUCUCCCUCUACUUCACCAUCAGUCUUGUCUACAGGCUGAUCCUAAGCGAGAGCCAAAGGCUGAUGUUUGAGAAGCUGGCACUCUACUGCAACAGCUACGCCGAGCUGAUCCCCGUGUCCUUUGUGCUGGGUUUCUACGUGGCUCUGGUGGUGUCCCGCUGGUGGGCUCAGUACGAGAGCAUCCCGUGGCCCGACCGCAUCAUGAACUUGGUCUCCUGCAACGUGGAUGGGGAGGAUGAGUACGGGCGGCUCCUGCGUCGCACCCUCAUGCGCUACAGCAACCUGUGCAGCGUGCUGAUCCUGCGCUCCGUCAGCACCGCCGUCUACAAGCGCUUCCCCAGCAUGGAGCACGUCGUGAGGGCAGGCCUAAUGACUCCUGAAGAGCACAAGAAGUUUGAAAGCUUGAAUUCCCCCCACAACAAGUUUUGGAUCCCAUGCGUGUGGUUCUCCAAUCUGGCCGUGAAGGCAAGGAACGAGGGCAGGAUCCGGGACAGCGUGCUGCUCCAAGGCAUCCUGAACGAGCUCAACACCUUGCGCAGCCAGUGCGGGCGACUCUACGGGUACGACUGGAUCAGCAUCCCCCUGGUCUACACUCAGGUGGUGACCGUGGCUGUUUACAGCUUCUUCCUGGCCUGUCUGAUCGGGCGCCAGUUCCUGGAUCCGGAAAAAGCAUACCCUGGCCAUGAACUGGACCUCUUCGUGCCCGUCUUCACAUUUUUGCAGUUCUUCUUCUAUGCUGGCUGGUUAAAGGUGGCCGAACAACUCAUCAACCCUUUUGGCGAGGACGAUGACGACUUUGAAACCAAUUGGCUCAUUGACAGGAACCUGCAGGUCUCCCUUAUGGCAGUGGACGAGAUGCAUCAGGAUUUACCCAUCCUGGAGAAGGACCUGUACUGGAACGAGCCCGAUCCUCAGCCACCCUACACCGCAGCCACCGCCGAGUACAAGCGCCCGUCCUUCCUCGGCUCGACUUUUGAUAUCAGCAUGCAGAAAGAAGAGAUGGAAUUCCAACCCCUGGAGCAAAUUAAAGAGAACGAGGAGGCCAACCACUCCACACCCUUACUGGGACACCUGGGCCGCCUCCUCGGUGUCCAGUCACCGAGCUUCUCCAGGUCCUCCUCCCGGAUGAACCUGUUGCGCAGGCGAGGAGACCCCACGUCCCCCUUCUCCCAUUAUACGUACCAAGACAUGGGCAAGUCUGGAAGCCCUUGCAGCAUCAACCAGCCGAGGGGAGACUCCAGCUCGCAGGAACAGUGGGACAGUGAAGAAGGAAAACUGAGGGAGUUCGACGCCUUCAUGUCAACCCCAUUUUAUGAGAGACCUGGUUUCUACAGCGCUCCGCAGACACCCAUCAGCUCUAUCCCCAUGAUUUUCCCUUCCAGACGCCAAGGCCGCAAGAAGCCUCCUGCGCUCUCCAGCAUCGCUGCGUGCUCGACCUCUCUUAGGGACGUCAUCGUCAACUCCUCACCUUCCAGAGCCAGCGACGUGUAUAAGAGUCAGAGCUCCCUUGGCUCAGCAGCAAAGGAAACGUUCAUUUGGCCAACGGAUCGGAGCAGAGGUCCCACCGACUCGCUGGCUGUAACAGUAGAAGAGAAGAGCAACUCUAACAAUAGAAGCAGAGAAGCUGCCACCACGGGAAGUCCCGGAGCUCAGUCCACAGCAUCGGAGAGCCCGAAAUUCCGCUUCUCAGCCGAGUCCCCAGACCACGAGAAGCAGGGUAGCUUCAAGAGCCUGAAGAGCCUGAAAGCUUCCCACCCACCGUGGCUGACCCUGGAGAACACAGCCUCAGCCACUCCCAAUUCAGAGCAUUCAAGCGCUUUUCAAACCCCCAGCAACAAAACCCCUGGAGGCAGCACCUCCCUCUGCUUCUCCUUCACUCCUGUCACAUCUCCCGUGCUGGAGAGAUCCCGCAUGGGGAACGCAGGCCCUGAAGCUCGCAGCUUAAGUUUAGAAGACGCAGCCAGUGCUCCAGAUCAGCAUCCGGCAGACGUUCCCAGGAACGCGAGAGAUGCUGGAAAUGGAAGCGCUAAUACUCCCCCUACAAAAGAGCCAAAAAGAGCAGAAAGUCCAUCCCCCAAUGACUCUGGCAUCUCUCUAGCCGAAGGCGACUACGUGGGGCUGAUGGAGGUGAUCAUGGAGACCAGCGAAAGCGCGUGCGAAGAGCAGAUGGAUCAGUAA